AACACUUUAAAAUUUACAUUAAAAUAUUAAAUUACUAAAAUCAUAGUCAAGUCUAUAUUUGGAUGGGAACUCGUUAGUUCUCCCUAUAAAUACCAACUCAAACUGUUGGACCAAUUGUCCCAGUGAGUUGAGUUGUGAGAUUUAGACAACUCUUAAAGGUUUCCACGUUCAACACUAGCAAAUCUUCUUAAAAGACCAAAAGCUUGGGAGAAUGGAUUCCUUCUUGUUCACUUCAGAAUCAGUGAACGAAGGACACCCUGAUAAGCUCUGCGAUCAGAUCUCUGAUGCAGUUCUUGAUGCUUGCUUAGCUCAAGACCCUGACAGUAAGGUCGCCUGUGAAACUUGUACAAAGACCAAUAUGGUUAUGGUGUUUGGGGAGAUCACAACCAAAGCCAAAGUUAACUAUGAAAAGAUUGCCCGUGACACCUGCCGUUCUAUUGGAUUCGUUUCGGAUGAUGUUGGUCUUGAUGCUGACAAGUGCAAAGUUUUGGUUUACAUCGAGCAGCAGAGUCCUGAUAUUGCUCAGGGUGUUCACGGCCACCUUACUAAGCGCCCUGAGGAAAUUGGAGCUGGUGAUCAAGGUCACAUGUUUGGUUAUGCCACUGAUGAGACUCCUGAGCUCAUGCCCCUCAGCCAUGUUCUUGCUACCAAGCUUGGUGCUCGUCUCACUGAAGUCCGGAAGAAUGGGACAUGUCCUUGGUUGAGACCUGAUGGAAAGACACAAGUUACUGUCGAAUACAUCAAUGACAAUGGCGCCAUGGUUCCCGUUCGUGUCCACACUGUUCUCAUCUCUACACAGCAUGAUGAAACUGUUACCAAUGAUGAGAUUGCUGCUGACCUUAAAGAGCAUGUCAUCAAGCCUAUUGUCCCUGAGAAGUACCUAGAUGAGAAGACCAUCUUCCAUCUCAACCCAUCAGGGCGUUUUGUUAUUGGUGGCCCUCAUGGGGAUGCAGGUUUGACAGGCCGAAAGAUCAUCAUUGACACUUAUGGCGGUUGGGGAGCUCAUGGUGGUGGUGCUUUCUCUGGGAAGGAUCCUACCAAGGUAGACAGGAGUGGUGCUUACAUUGUUAGGCAGGCUGCCAAGAGCAUUGUUGCCAGUGGCCUUGCUAGAAGGUGCAUUGUCCAGGUUUCGUAUGCCAUUGGCGUUCCAGAGCCCUUGUCGGUUUUUGUUGAUUCCUAUGGCACUGGAAAGAUUCCAGACAAGGAGAUCCUCAAGAUUGUGAAGAAGAACUUUGAUUUCAGGCCUGGAAUGAUUGCCAUUAACCUGGACCUCAAGAGGGGUGGCAAUGGAAGGUUUUUGAAGACAGCUGCUUAUGGACAUUUCGGUAGAGACGAUGCUGACUUUACAUGGGAAGUGGUGAAGCCCUUAAAGUGGAGAAAGCCUAAGGAGUAAGCUUAUGGCUACACUGCCUGCAGUUCACCAAUAAUAUGUCUUCAUUGAUUGUCAUUGUGUUCAUCUCUUCUUCUUCUUCUUCUUCCUAUUUACUUUUGAAAGAAUUUUACUCACUUUCUUGGCCUUCUGAAAAGAAAUAAAAAAGCUAUGGAUUUUUUCUGUCAUGAUGAAAUGAAUCAUGGCAGAAUCAAUGUACUGUUGCUUUUGGUAUAUUCGAGCAUGAUAAUUGGUCAAUAUUUUUUACUCUUUCUUCAAA